UUCCACCUGGACCCCUGGACCCUGGGAUGGCAGAGCCAGGCUUUGCCUGGAUCAGUGGGAGGAGCAGGGAAGAUGAGGAGGCUGGGGAAGAUGGGGAGGUCCUGGCUCUUUUGCAGGGAUGGAGAGACUGGUGGAAGGAGAAAUCAACUGACCCCCUUGGGUCAUCUCCAGUUGCAAGAUGGCCUGGCCCUUGCCCAGGGUGCUGCCCUCCCUGUUGGAAUCCAGGGCAUGGGGCUCUGGCCCGACCACGUGUGCUUAGGGCAAAUGUGCUCAGGCUGGCCUGCCACUCCUCCUGCUAUGAUGCCUGGGCAGAUCCCGGACCCUUCGGUGACCGCAGGCUCCCUGCCAGGGCUUGGCCCCCUGACCGGACUCCCCAGCUCGGCCCUGACUGUGGAGGAGCUGAAAUACGCUGACAUCCGCAACCUUGGGGCCAUGAUUGCACCCUUGCACUUCCUGGAGGUGAAACUGGGCAAGAGGCCCCAGCCCGUGAAAAGUGAGGUCCACUGGCAACAUGGACUCAGAGUUGGGAAACUGAGUCCUCUCCUGGGUGAGGCUCAUCGGGCUGAACAACUGUGAAGCCAUUUAAGUCUUUUUUCCUUCUACUGUGCCCAAAAGGCGCAAGGCAACCUGGCCUGAAGUUGGAGCACGGAGAUCUAGAGGAACUCAUGGAUGGAUUCAGGCAGGAUGUGAAAGUGCUGGGAGUGAGGGCCUGGGCCUCCUCUGGGUUUAGCCACCCUUCCAGGUUGUGUACAACCUGCCAUAUGCUGGGGCUCAUUGACUGUGCUCUGCUCUGUGGCAACAGGGUCCCUUUUUACUGAGCGUAGUGCAUGUAUAUGCUCUGACAAACUCCUCUGUGGUUUGCCUCUGUAGUCCUCCCUACAUCCUAGCAACUCCCCAACCCCCGCGAAUAAAAACCUUUGCCUUUUUGGAGGCAAUGAAGCAAAGCAGGACUGCUGCAUUGGAAUAGUUUGGCUCUGGAGAGUUCACUAGAUGUUUGAAAUUCAGUUUUGUCCCUUGUAAAAAUAGGGGAAAUAGACCCCUACCUAGUACCUAGUACCAUAUACAUAAAUUAUCUCAAAAUGGAUCAAAGACCUAAAUUUAAGAGUGAAAACUAGAAAGCUCUUAGAAGAAAACAGCCGUACCUCUUUGUGACCUUGGAUUAGGUAGUGCCAAAAAUAAAAGCAACAAAAGAGAAAAAUAAAUUGGACAUCCUCAAAAUUAAAAACUUUGGUACUUCAAAGGACACAAAGUAAAAAGACAAUCCACAGAAUGAGGGAAAAUUUUUGCAAAUCGUAGAUCUAAUGAGGGACUUGUAUCUAGAAUAUAUAAAGAAUGAUUACAGCUCAAUAAUAAGACAAAUAACCCAGUAGAAAAAUGGGCAAAGGAUCUCAAUAUUCAUUUCUCCAAAGAAAAUAUAUAAAUGGCGGCUAAGCACAUGAAAAAAUGCUCAACAUCAUAGCCAUCAAGGAAAUACAAGUCAAAACCACAAUGAGAUACUACUUUGCACCCACUAGGAUGACUAUAAUGAAAAAAGAGAGAUAAUAACAAGUAUUGGUGAGAAUGAGGAGACGCUGUCGUCAUGAAUUGAUCGUGGGAAUGUAAAAUGAUGCAGCCACUUUGGAAAACAGUCUGGCAGUUCCUCAAAGGGCUAAACAGAGUUCCCAUGCGAUCCAGCAAUUUCACUCCUACAUAUAUACCCAACAGAAAGGAAAACAUGUCCACACAAAAACACACAUGAGAGUUUAUAGUGGCAUUAUUCAUAACAGCUCCAAAGUGGAAGCAGCUCAAAUGUCCAUCAAUUGGUGCAUGAAUAAAUAAAACAUGGUCUAUCCAUACAAUGGAUUAUUAUUUAGCCAUAAAAAGGAAUGAAGAACUGAUACAUGCUGUAAUAUGGAUGAACCUUGAAAACAUUAUGCUGGGUAAAAGAAGCCAGCCACAAGAGACCACAUAGUGUGUGGUUCCAUUUAGAUGAAAUGUCCAGAAUAGGCAAAUUCAUAGAGACAGGAAGUAGAGCCAGUACCGUGGCUGCCUAGGGGUGGGGAGAUGGGAGGAGUGGGGAGUGAUGGCCAAGGGAUAUGAGCUUUCUUUUGGGGGUGAUGAAAGUGUUCUAAAAUUGAUUGUAGUGAUAGUUGCACAACUCUGGAUAUAAUACAAGUUGGUAAUUGUAUACUUUAAUGGACAAAUUGUAUGGUAUGUGUGAGUUUGAUCUCAAUAAAGCGCUUUUAAAAGUG